CCCCCCGCCCCGCUCGCACACGCGCAGCCGGGAGGCGCUCGGCGGUACCGGCGGAGGGGGAGCGGGAGCCGCCGCCCGCCCGCCGCCAACCCCUGCCUCGGGGGCGGCUGCCCCGGCGGAGCCUCCAUCUGCAGCCCGGCGGCGGGAGCGGGAACAUGGCGGACCUGGAGGCGGUGCUGGCCGAUGUCAGCUACCUGAUGGCGAUGGAGAAGAGCAAGAGCACCCCGGCGGCCAGGGCCAGCAAGAAGAUCACCCUGCCCGAGCCCAGUAUCCGCAGUGUUAUGCAGAAAUACCUUGAGGAAAGGGGUGAAUUAACCUUUGGCAAGAUGUUUCAUCAGAAAAUUGGAUUUUUGCUGUUUAAAGACUAUUGCUUGAAUGAGAUUGAUGAAGCUGUCCCUCAACUGAAGUUUUAUGAAGAGAUAAAAGAAUACGAGAAACUGGAUUCUGAGGAAGAGCGCCUGGCCCGGAGUCGGCAGAUCUAUGACACGUACAUCAUGAAGGAGCUCCUGUCCUGUUCCCAUCCGUUCUCAAAGCAAGCUGUAGAUCACGUACAAAUGCAUUUAGCCAAGAAACAAGUGCCAGCCAGCCUUUUCCAGCCAUAUAUAGAAGAAAUUUGUGAUAGUCUCCGAGGAAAAAUAUUUCAGAAAUUUAUGGAAAGUGACAAGUUUACUAGAUUCUGUCAAUGGAAAAACGUAGAACUAAAUAUUCAUCUGACCAUGAAUGAUUUUAGUGUACAUAGAAUAAUAGGAAGAGGGGGAUUUGGUGAAGUGUAUGGUUGCAGAAAAGCAGACACUGGAAAAAUGUAUGCAAUGAAAUGUUUAGAUAAGAAGAGAAUCAAGAUGAAGCAAGGAGAAACGUUAGCCUUAAAUGAAAGAAUUAUGCUGUCUCUUGUCAGUACAGGAGACUGUCCUUUUAUAGUGUGUAUGACCUAUGCCUUCCACACCCCUGACAAACUCUGUUUCAUUCUGGACCUGAUGAAUGGAGGAGAUUUGCACUACCACCUCUCCCAGCACGGAGUCUUUUCUGAAAAAGAGAUGAGGUUUUAUGCUACUGAAAUCAUCCUGGGCUUAGAACACAUGCACAAUCGCUUCGUUGUAUACAGAGACCUCAAGCCUGCAAACAUCUUGUUGGAUGAACACGGGCACGUGAGGAUAUCAGACCUUGGGCUGGCUUGUGACUUCUCCAAAAAGAAGCCCCAUGCCAGUGUAGGUACCCACGGCUACAUGGCUCCCGAGGUGCUCCAGAAGGGAACCGCGUACGAUAGCAGCGCAGACUGGUUCUCAUUGGGCUGCAUGCUUUUCAAACUCCUGAGGGGUCACAGUCCUUUCAGACAGCACAAAACCAAAGAUAAGCAUGAGAUCGACCGGAUGACGCUCACCGUGAAUGUGGAGCUCCCGGAUUCAUUUUCUCCUGAACUGAAGUCCCUUUUGGAAGGGCUCCUGCAGCGGGAUGUUAGCAAGAGGCUGGGGUGCCAAGGAAGAAGUGCACAAGAAGUAAAAGAACAUGCGUUCUUCAAGGGCAUUGAUUGGCAGCAAGUCUAUUUACAAAAGUAUCCUCCACCAUUGAUUCCUCCCCGGGGAGAAGUAAAUGCAGCGGAUGCUUUUGAUAUUGGGUCAUUUGAUGAAGAGGACACUAAGGGCAUUAAGUUGCUUGAUAGUGACCAGGAAUUAUAUAAGAACUUCCCUCUGGUAAUAUCGGAGCGUUGGCAGCAAGAAGUAGCAGAAACUGUUUAUGAUGCAGUAAAUGCAGACACAGAUAAAAUUGAGGCCAGAAAAAGGGCUAAAAAUAAGCAACUUGGCCACGAGGAAGAUUAUGCCCUGGGGAAGGACUGUAUCAUGCAUGGAUACAUGCUGAAACUGGGGAACCCCUUCUUGACUCAGUGGCAACGUCGUUACUUUUACCUCUUCCCAAACCGACUUGAAUGGCGAGGAGAAGGCGAGUCACGGCAAAGCCUUCUGACAAUGGAACAAAUAGUGUCUGUUGAAGAAACACAGAUUAAAGAUAAGAAAUGCAUCUUACUGAGGAUUAAAGGAGGGAAACAGUUUGUCCUGCAGUGUGAGAGUGACCCAGAAUUUGUUCAGUGGAAAAAGGAGCUGACAGAAGCUUUUACUGAGGCACAGAGGUUGCUGCGCCGGGCUCCCAAGUUUCUCAAUAAAUCUCGCUCCACAGUUGUAGAGCUUUCCAAACCACCGCUCAGCCACAGGAAUAGCAAUGGUCUGUAGGAGGAACAGCAACCCAGGUUCACUUAGGGCAAGCUGCUUCGUGAACAUGCCGAGUUUCACAGAAUCCUUACGAAUUACUUUGUGCAAUCCUGCCCGCGGGAUGUGCUUAGAAGAGGAAGAACUUGAUGUUUACAGCGUGGGAUAUGUCAGAACUCUGUGUCUGGAGGUUGGGAGGACUGGAACCGUGGCAAGUGAAUUCAUGCUCCUGGCAGCGGUGGAAGUUGCCGAGCGUAGAGGCUGCAUGUUGCUCCCGUGCAUUCCCCACCCUGGCGGUGUCGGAGCCGUGGUCCGUUGCCUGGAACUACUGAUGGAAGGAAGAUCCUGUUCUCUCUGCAAUACUCUCCAAGCCUGGAGACUGGGCUGGUGACUGCUGGCUGGGAGCACAGGUCUGUGCGGGACCGACGAGCCCCUCGGCUGCAGGAGGAGCUGCAGACUUGCUGUGUUGGAUAACCUUCAGUCUGUCGUGUUGCCAUGUUCUUUCCGACCAUUACUGCUGACUUUGUAAUAACCUUUCUCCAUACUGCUGAUGAUCAACAGUGUGACUCUUAUGCACUUCCAAGUACUGAAUUCUAACUGUCCUGUGGUUUAAAUGUUAUUGCUACUUCAUGGAAGCAUUGAACUCAAAUUAUUCACUUGGUUUGUUGUACUCACUAAUAGUAGCUACCACCGUUUUGCUUCUUCUACGUAUAUGCAGUACUAUAACUGACACCAUAGAGUAAUAAUUGGUGAAGAGGAAUUUAUGGUAGCUUCAUCUAGUGCUCUGUUGUAUAAAUUUGACUAUUUUAGCACAGUUUUUAAAGAGCAGAUUCCUUUUGACAAGUUUACAGUGAACAUAAAGACAGUUCUUUUCCAUUUCAGGUCAACUGCACUUUUUAAAGAUUAAACAGAAGUUACUCAAAUCCAA